GCUGGCCACGUCCCGACCCCUGCACGCCACCCUGGCCUUCACGGGAGCGGCAGCACGGUGCUGUCACUGGGUCUUACCACGUCCAACAUGCCAGCGUUUACUCAUAAAUUAAUAAAGGGACAUCGCCACUGAGCAUCACAUGAGCGACAUAUCCCUAGUUGGAGAAAGUCAGUGUCGGGUGAGCUCGGUGCUGGGCAGGAACACCCGAGAGUUGGGCAAGCAGCACCUCUUUGAUGGCUCGGCUGAGACCUGCUGGAACAGUGACCAGGGUGUGCCGCAGUGGGUGGCCCUCAGGUGGUCCAGCCCAGUGCAGGUCACAACUAUCAUUGCUCAGUUCCAGGGAGGCUUCUGUGGUGCAGCCAACACAGUAGUGGAGGUACCACAGGGAGAAGGCAGCAAUGAGUGGCACACAGCACAUUCCUGGCCACUGGAAGACGUUGGCACCCCUCAGACCCUCCACCUACCUGAGCCGCUCACCACCACAUCUCUCCGCCUCACCUUCCCCUCGUCCACAGAUUUUUUUGGCAGAAUAAUUAUGUAUAAACUGGAUGUUCUUGGAAAGAAACUAUGAUUUAACUUGAUAUUUAUGUGAUGCCUUGCUCAGCUGAAUGUAGUAUAAUGGAUACUAAUUUGUAGCACUAGCAGUGACCAUUAUCAUCAUGAAAGGCUCCAUACUUACACCAUUAGUGGCUCACUAAGAUGCAUGGACUCUAACACUCCAUGCUCAAACAAAUCCUUAAAGUAUUUCUGGAACACUAAUACACUUAGUUCCCAUCUCGUUGCUCA